GCCGUACCCGGAUGCGGAAGUGCGCUCGUGCCUCGCGUGGACUUCCGUGGUGCCUUGCGGGUGUCGCGCUGUGUGGGUCGGUUGAUCUGUGUACCGCUGCGGGCUGAUCGGCGUGUUGUUUUUCGGGGCCCGGUCUGCCUGGCUGUUUGACUUCGUACUGACAAGUGUGCACUCCCGCUCCUCCUCCUCCCUGUCCUCCUCCUGGCAGCAGUGAGCUGAGCAUGGCCAUGGCCAGUGUGGAACAGGUGUCUGCGGUGGGACAAGUUCUGCUGGAUCCCAAACAGGAGCUGGCCCAGCGUUUUCGAGCCCUCUUCACACUCAGGAACAUCGGAGGCCCAGAGGCCAUCAGCUGGAUCGGCAGAGGCUUCUGUGAUGAGUCUGCUCUGCUCAAGCACGAGUUGGCCUACUGCUUGGGUCAAAUGCAGGAUGCCCAGGCCAUCCCGAUCCUAACCGCCGUGCUGAAGGACACACAACAGGAGCCUAUGGUCCGGCAUGAAGCAGGAGAGGCACUGGGAGCCAUUGGAGACGCUUCAGUUCUGGAUCUGCUCACAGAGUAUUGCCAGGACCCUGUCACAGAGGUGGCAGAGACGUGCCAGCUGGCCGUGGCUCGUCUCCAGUGGCUAGAGUCUGGGGGACAGUUCCAGGACGACAGCCCCUACAACUCUGUUGACCCUGCACCCCCUGCACCCCAAAAGAGCUCCUCUGAGCUGCGGGGCAUCCUGCUCAAUGAGAGGUUGCCCCUGUUUGAGCGUUACCGGGCCAUGUUUGCCCUGAGGAACCUGGGCACGGAGGAGGCAACGCUGGCUCUGGCUGAUGGCCUACAGUGCUCUAGUGCUCUGUUCCGACACGAGAUCGGCUACGUGCUAGGCCAGAUGCAGCACCCAGCUGCGGUGCCGGCUCUGACCGCAGCCCUGGAGCACCCUGGGGAGAACCCCAUGGUGCGGCAUGAGGCAGCUGAGGCUCUGGGCUCCAUUGGCAGACAGGAGUGUGUGGGCGUGCUGCAGAGGCACCAGGCAGAUGGAGAGCGCGUGGUGCAGGAGAGCUGUGUGGUGGCUCUGGACAUGCUGCACUAUGAAAACAGUCAACAGUUCCAGUACGCGGACGGAUUGUUGCGGCUGCAGGGCUGAGACUGCUCUGGACUCAUAGGAGAGGGGAGUGAAACUCUCGUAAGGGCAAAGCCUGCCUCAUACCGGGUUAGAUUCAAAUGACAUAGUGCCCAUCCUUUAGCUAUAGAAAGAUGUACCAUGGCUAAAGGAUGGGCACUUGCACUAGUGAUGGUAGACGAUCAUUUAUUAUUCAAUUAAAUUUAUUUUUCACAGUGGUCAAUGUUAUAUAAGACACAUACAUUUCUGUAUACAUAUGCGUGCCACUAUAUAAAUGACACUGAAAAACAUGGACACCCUAACAAGCUGUGUAAGCUAUUUGAUGGCUUGGCAGAUAUUUAUGUUUAACUUUAUCUCCUUUCUUUCUUUUAUCAUUUGAGUUUGACACACUAUUUUAGAGAAGAAUUUGUAAGAGAAAAAAACAGACAAAAAGAAAGUGUAUAUAUACUAAUACAAUUCAAUAAAAGAAGAAAAAAAAUAAUACUGAAAUGAAUUAAAAUAUUAAUAACAAUAAUAAUUAAAGCACGGACCGCUUUGCACUAGGCCGACCUGGCACUCCUUAAGGAUGGCGCUAACACGCCACUUGUGUUUUAUUGCAGCUUUGGGCUGUACUUGUUACUAAGCAAA